CUCUCCUGAGCGACAGCAUAUCGCUCUCUCUGUGCAGACGGGAGUGUCACAACAACAUGAGAGUAUUCGUCCUGUUUGUGUGCCUGUCAGUGGGCUGCCUGGCCCAGAGACCACAGCAAUGCACAUCCCCACCUCUGAUGUCGGGAGGACUCUCUGUGUCGACCGCAAAUGAGAAGCUGACGGUCUACGGCAAGUACAUGUACGACGCACUGGGGCAGCGAAUUCGCCUCCGAGAGUUUGGAUUUUACGAGAAUAAGACCUUCCACCUGGAUAUGCUUCUGCUCUUCAAACAUGGCGUCUUGUAUAAGAUCAACUCCAAGAAUCAAACAUGUUGUAAGAAGCAGCUGAGUGCAGACUUCCAUCCAUUGAUGAUCCCAGAGAACGCCACCCUCCUGGGACAGGUGGUGCUGGGCAGCUCCUCCGGUCCAGGGCAGGGGGUUCUGGUGAACACCUGGGCAGGGGAGAUGCAGCUGAAGAAGGGACUAGCGAAGUACAUGAGCACUGUCACUGAGUUUGGAUGUGUUCCAGUCAGCAAUCUGUUUCAUACAGACAGAAGGGGGUGGAUGGUGACCAGCUUCUACAACAACGUCAUCGGACUCACUGACCCGGGCCAGCUCCUCCCUCCAUCUUUCUGUAAGGAUGCCCAGAUGGAGAAAGAGGACGGAGGGGACCCAGUGACCUUCUACGACUUAUUUUAAAAACUGUGCUCUGUGAUGGUGACUCCUCUAUAUGACUCUAUGCACUUUUUGUUUUUUAAGGAAGUAAUUUGCUCAGGGACACAUCCAUACUUUUCUUUGGCCAGGGGGGACCUAUGUGGGGGUGGAAUGAACGUUGUGUGCACUUUUACUUGUAUAACUACCGUGAUUAAAGAAUCUAAAUCUUAUAUUAUAUAUAUCUUUUGAACUUUACAAGGUAAUGGGAAGACUCUGAUGAAGGCCACAAGCUGAAACGCGUCGGUCUAAUAAAGUUAAUGAAAUAGA